CUUACCGUGCUUCUUUUUGUAUGCCAAUUUAUCGGCCACAAACGGAAACCCAGCAAUACGAUUAACUUUACUUUAAAAAAAGGCCCCUGCAUAGCAAUUAUUAGCACGAUUAUCGACACCCAGUCGGUGGAGCCAUUUCACUGUACCUUUAAAAAAAAUAGCCAAUUGAAUACUGAAAUUUGAAUUUAGCUAUAUAAACAUUGUGGUAAACUAGUUAAAUUAAAUAUAAUAACAUGAAAUUAUGAUUUGAAUUUAAUUGUUAGACAUACACUGUAUUAAAUCCUACCAUAAAACCAUGUUUUACCAUAUAUCUUUAGAACAUGAAAUUUUGUUACAUCCACGUUAUUUUGGACCUCAAUUACUGGAUACUGUCAAACAAAAACUUUAUACUGAAGUUGAAGGAACUUGCACUGGAAAAUAUGGUUUUGUAAUAGCUGUAACAACAAUAGAUAGUAUUGGAGCGGGGCUUAUACAACCUGGUCAAGGUUUUGUUGUGUAUCCUGUGAAGUAUAAAGCGAUUGUGUUCAGACCCUUUAAGGGUGAGGUACUAGAUGCGAUAGUAACACAGGUUAAUAAGGUUGGAAUGUUUGCACAAAUUGGACCUUUAAGUUGUUUCAUCUCUCACCAUUCGAUACCUGCCGAUAUGGAGUUUUGCCCCAACGUGAAUCCGCCCUGCUACAAAAGUAAGCAAGAGGACAAUGUGAUUCAGGAGGAAGAUGUCAUCAGACUCAAGAUAGUGGGCACCAGGGUCGACGCUACUGGCAUUUUUGCCAUCGGUACUCUUAUGGACGACUACCUAGGAUUAGUAACACAGUAAUUAAUAUGAUACAUAAUAUAUUUUGUAAGUAAAUUUAUAGAAUAAAACACUUGAAUAAU